AUGAGAGUUUUUCGAAAUUCAAAAUAUUUAGACUAUGUGAACGGUGAAGGUUUGUGGUGCAAUAUGGAUAAAAAUUUGAGUCUCCAGCAGAUACAAGAUCUGUUGAACGACUUAGACUCUGACGAAAACGUGAAUGAGGACAUUUUUCCUGAUGCAUCAUCGGAUUUGAGUGACGCGGAGUCUGAAAUCAGUGAUCACAAUACUGAAAGUGAAGAAGAAGCGUAA